AUGCAAUGUGGCACGCCACAGGGGUCUCCUUUGUCAACAAUACUGUUCCUUCUGUACCUGGCAGAGCUGCUGUGGCAAAACUCGGAGUUGCGCUUUGGCUAUGCGGAUGAUCUGAACAUCUGCUGGACAGGAGCCAGCACUUCGCUGGCUGGGUGUACACUUCGACAGAAGGCUCACCUGGAGACCACAUGUCUCCACCCGGGCAAAGAAGGCAAGGGCCGUGGCCCAGCACAUCCGGAGUCUGGGAAAGACCAGAGACGGGCCCCCAGCAGACGCUUUGCGGAAGGCGGUCACCACCUGCGUGGUUCCCUCACUGCUCUAUGGCACAGAGGCCUGGUACGGCGGCCGCACGCAGCCAGCAAGGCACACGGGUAG